AUGGACAAGACAUUAGAGAAAUGUUUAGCUCUUCUAAGAUGCUUCGCGCAUACAAUCAAUAUAAGUGUACAAGAAUUUUUAAAAUACUUAGAUCAAGAACUAAGUUUAAGUCAGCUCAGGCAACUUCUUAAUAAAAUUCGUGCGUCUACUCAACGGUGUGAAAAAUUAAGCCUUGCAUGUAAGAAUAAUAAUAUUGAUGAUUUAAAACCUAUAAUAGAUGUGCUAACAAGGUGGAAUUCGACGUGUGAAAUGAUUUCAAGAGCUUUAUUAAUAAAACCUAAUGAAGAAGUUAAUGAAGAAAAUGAUGAAGAAAAUGAUGAUGAAGAUGAUGAUGAAAAUGAUGAUGAAAAUGAUGAUGAGAAUAUACAAAUUGAAAAAUCAAUAAAAAAAGCUGCUAAAUAUUGCAAAGAUAAAUUAUUGAAAUACUAUGUUAAGACAAAUAACGCGUAUUCAAUAGCAGUUAUCUUAGAUCCUAGAUUAAAAAUACAAUAUUUUAAAGAUGAAGAGUGGGGUGAUGAUUUAAUAAAUGAAAUUAAUCAAAAUUUUGUGAAUAUUUUUAAUUCUAAUUAUGCCACUACCUCCUUAAAUUCCAACAUUUCCUCCACUUCAAAAGAAAAAUCAGUAAUGUCACGUGUAUUUAAACAUCGCUACGUGGAAAAUGUAGAUGAAUUUAAAACAUAUAUUGCUUUACCAACUGUUUCUGGUGAAACUUUAGAUCCUCUCGAAUGGUGGCGAAUUAAUGAAACUCAAUAUCCACAACUUAGUAAGAUGGCCCAUAAUUAUUUAGCUAUACCUGCUACAAGUGUGCCAUCAGAGCAGUGUUUUUCAAUUUUGAAAAAUUUAAUUACAAACAAUAGAAACCGUUUAAUAGGAAAAACAGUAAAAAUAAGUAUGUGUUUGAAAUCCUGGAAUUAUUUAUUAAAUAAUGAAUAAAUAAUUAUUUAUUUUUAAAAUUAUAUUAUUUUUUUUAUUUUAUUUUAUUUUUUUCUUAGUAUUAUAAAUAUAAGUAUCACGUUAAUAAAG